CAGCAGGGAGGUGGCGCAGAAACACUCGCGCUGUAUAUGAGCACAGAUCUGUUUUUCACACUAUUUCAACAAUGUAAGACGGUGAGGCAUGAUGCAUUGCCUGCAUCUGUCUCCCACAAUCUCACCAUUACAGCACUAAUACAAGAGGAGGCCAUUGCAUAAUGCAAAAGUAUAUAAAGGAGUAAAAGUUACUCUUAGGUUCCUUAGGGAUGUUUUCAGUUGUUUGUCAAUGUGCUGAGGUGUAAUGCUCCUUCUUUUCUAGGAUUCUAACAUUUUCUCCAGUUGAAUUUAAGCAUUUCUUUCUUCCGCUUCAAGUGUUUGUGUAAAUCUUUGUGCUUUGUGUGUUUCACAUGAUUUUUAUGUGUUUUCUGAGUUUCUACUACAAAUGGCCAACAGUGAUCCAGAUGUGGCAUCAACCAUUUUCCCUGCACUGACUGAUUAACAAAUAAGUUCAUGUUUUAUUCUCCUCUCCUCCUCUCAACUGACUUUCAUUUAUUCCUCUUUUCUUCUCCUCAUCUCACCAUUUCACCUCUUCUGCCACCCUUCAUUUGUCUUCCAACCCUCCCAGUGUGUGGUAAAUCUCAUCAGUGAGCUCCAGGAGCAGAUGUGCAGGUUUCAGGAGGAGAUCAGCACUCGCAUUCAGGAGAAACGGGCCCUGGAGGAGAAGGAGGCCCAGCAGGGGGAGCCAAGAGACGGCCAAGCCCAGGGCUACAGCCCUCAAGUUGGGUUGGUCGGCUUGGACCUGAGCCUGUCUGGCUCUGAUGCCCGGCAGCACAAUGGAGGAAAGACUGUUCACGAUUUGCAACAAGAAGUUAAGCAGCUGAAGAGCAAAGUGGAUGAGUUGGAGGGAGAGAAGAGCCAGUAUGAGAGGAAAUUAAGAGCCACCAAGGCAGAAAUCUCAGAGCUGCAGCAGCUCCUGGCCUCCAAAGAUGCUGAGAUCGAGUGCCUACAGACCCAGCUGCUGGCCAGAGGCGGCAGCGCCAAUGACAACGCAGAGAGAGACCAGGAAUACCAGAGGUUAAAGGUGGGGAUGGAGUCUUUGUUGGCUUCAAAUGACGAGAAGGAUCGGCGUAUAGAGGAGCUUACCAUUCUGCUCAGCCAAUACAGAAAGAUGAGGGAGGUCAUGGCACUCACGCAGGGAAGCAGUGAAGAGGAGCUGAGCGGCAGUUUAAAGCUCAAAGCCAUCACUCACAAAGCACACUCUGACAUCCUCAGAUCAGAGCUGUCAUCAAGAGGAUCGUCGCCGCUUAUGCUGUCCUCAUCCCCGUAUCAGAGGGAUUUGGAUUCCAGUUUCCAGAACUCUGUGGAGACGUCGCUGGUGUCCGCUGCUGACCCAAGUUUGUUUAAUGGGUCUUGGCAUCGGCGCCGGUUGAUGUCCAGCAGUCUUGAAGAGUUGCAGAGUGGAUCUUUACAAAAGGCUGUAGAGAUCCAGCCACUUGAAAGUGAAUCAGAUGUAGGGGCCGAGAAUCCAGACAUGGAGCUGAACAAGUACCAAACUCUGCCGGGGAAACUGAGUAAAAAGAACGAGCCGCGGGCCGAGCUGAACGGAGACGGAGACGGAGAGUAUUUAUCUCCCGUCCAGCUCUCGCCUGUCCACAGCCACAGCCAGGACUACAGUCUGAAGCAUCCAGAGAAGCUGGAGGAGUGCUUUCCAUCAGACCAGUCCCCGCUGUCCUCUGGAGUGGACUCUGGACAGCAGUCUCCUGUCUCACCAGAGAACAGGAAGGGUCACAGAGGAAUUAGGAAACUCUGGGGGAAGAUCCGUCGCAGUCAGUCGGGUAGUCCUGUCCAAGUUCAUGACCCAGAGCUAGGAGACUUCAAGAGGGGAGGAUUCAGAGCUACAGCUGGACCUCGAUUGGCCCGUUCAGGGAAAACACGAGAUCUGAAGACGCCGUUUUCUAAGUGGAACACAGAGCAGGUGUGUGACUGGAUUGAAGACAUUGGACUAGGUCAGUACAGCAUCCUCGCUCGCCAGUGGGUCACCAGCGGUCAGACUCUGCUAUCAGCCACGCCACAAGACCUAGAGAAGGAGAUGGCCAUGAAGAAUCCACUCCACAGGAAGAAGCUUCAGUUGUCCAUCAAAGCGAUCAGCAGCAAACAGCCUGAAAAAUCUGCAGAGCUCGAUUACCUCUGGGUUACCCGUUGGCUUGAUGAUAUUGGCCUUCCUCAGUACAAAGACCAAUUUAAUGAAGGAAGAGUGGAUGGGCAGAUGCUGCAGUAUCUCACUGUGAACGACUUAUUAUUCCUUAAAGUGACCAGCCAGCUGCACCACCUCAGCAUCAAGUGUGCCAUUCAUGUUCUCCAUGUCAACAAAUUCAAUCCCAACUGCCUCAAACGCAGGCCCGGCAAUGAGAGCCAGUUCACUCCCAGUGAGGUUGUCCAGUGGUCUAACCACCGAGUCAUGGAGUGGUUGAGAUCUGUGGACCUUGCAGAGUAUGCCCCAAACCUGAGGGGCAGCGGCGUGCAUGGAGGGCUGAUAAUGCUGGAGCCUCGGUUUAACUCCGAUAGCCUGGCCAUGCUGCUCAACAUCCCUCCUCAGAAAACUCUGCUGAGGCGCCACUUAACCACCAACUUCAACAACCUAGUAGGAGCACAGGCUCAGCAGGAGAAGAGGGAGUACACUGAGGCGACAGGAUACUCCCCACUCAGCAUCACCGCUAAAGUCAAGCCGAAGAAGUUGGGCUUCUCUAACUUGACUCACCUCAGGAGGAGACGGCCGGAUGAAUCUACAGACUACGUCUGCCCCAUCGAGUCCUCCUCGCCUCAGUCGGGACAGUCUGCAGUGAACGGGGUGCAGAUGCGGCCCUACACUGGCUUCAGAGGCCUGAGCCCCAUCCUAGACCGAGAGCCCGACCGCUCCAGGGACCAGGUGGGGCUAGAAGAUAGCAGAGCCGACCCAUCUCCAUGGCAACAACUGUAACACCAACAACACGGAUGACUGUUGUCAUCCUGUCUAUUAGCCACUCAGCUAUCUCUGCUACUACUCUGCUUCCUUUGCUUGCAGCCCAUAAUACCUCAGUCCAUCCCCUGAUGUGCUUCUUUAAGCCCCGCCCAUCAGCCCGACCCUGUGCCUUACAUUUAGAGAUUGUUUCUCAGUCAGCUGCUUGUCACGCUGCAGGGAGUCCUGAGACGAGCACAAUUCAAGUAUUUUGAUUUCAGCUCCGGUCAGAUGCCUAACUAACCCAACCUCAGCCUCAAACCUGUGCCACGACUCUAACUCAUCACGAGAGAACGCAGCCUCUCUCUGGAUUCCUGUGACAUCACUUCCUGUAAUCCAUACAGCAUAUACAGACAUGUCUUCUUGUACAGUAUUAAGCCAACAUGUGUGCGCCACCAGUAGAUUAUUUUUUAUGUGUGACCUUUGAUUUUUCUAACCAGCUUGAAUGCAGUUCUGUUACAUGGUCGAGAUGAACUUGUGCAAUAUUUACAUAAAAAUAAUGGAGGGAUUUUAUUUAUAUCACUGCAGAGAAAAUCAUAAAAUAGCAUGUUUUGUUUGAAACUUGAGGUGGUGAUUUUUGUACCGUCAUUUUUCAUAUUUGACUGUAAUAGUAUUUUUAUAGCAAAGAAAGGAAGCUAACGUGUGGUUUAUCAAAUCAUUUAAUAAACAAAAUCCGACAUGA